UCGCCUGCCGAUGCGACAUCUCCUCCCAUUAACGUGUCCCUCCUCCGGGCAGUAUGGCUGCCGUCCUGUAGCCUGUUCUCAGAUGUGUGCCGCUAUCUCAUGCGAGACUAAAGACCUGGAAACAUGUCGGCCUUGAUUUUGCUGAAAAGCUCGCUGAGCAGACUGCCGCAGAGCGUCGCUCGGCAGGUUGUCGGCUGCAGUUAUCACACCGAGAGAGGUGUUUACGGGUACCGACCCAAGAGCACCGAGCGGGACCAGAAGUGGCAGAGCGAGCGGGUGGCUGCACUAAAUCAAGAUCAUGCUCUAGCUAGACUGGUGGAGGCAUACAGAGCUCACGGACACAAGGCUGCUAAAAUUAACCCUUUGCUACCCCAAAAGCCUGUCGUUGACAGUGUCCCGGAGAUUAGCAUGCUGACUGGCACCAUGAGUGGACAACUCAACACCUCAGGUUUGCGGCACUUUGGGAAAGCGCAGGCUUCUGUGGAAGAGGUUCAGGCCUACCUGGAAGAAGCCUACUGUGGCCACCUGUCAGUGGAGCCCGACCAGCUGAGCAGUCUGGAUGAGAGGGAGUGGUUCGCUGACCGCUUCGAGGAGCUUAAGAGAGAGAAUUUCUCUCCAGAGGAGAGAAGGCAGCUGGCCAAGAUCAUGCUAGAGUCGCAGGAAUUCGACCACUUUCUGGCCACCAAGUUUGCUACUGUGAAGCGUUAUGGAGGAGAGGGAGCAGAGAGCAUGAUGGGGUUUUUCUUUGAGCUCUUCCACCGGUCUGCCCACAGUGGAGUCACUGACAUUGUGAUCGGCAUGCCUCACCGAGGCCGACUCAACCUCCUGACAGGCCUGCUCAAGUUCCCACCUGAGCUUAUGUUCCGUAAGAUGCGCGGCCUCAGCGAGUUCCCCGACACCUCGCCGGCCAUCGGUGACGUCCUCUCCCACCUCACCUCUUCGGUGGAGUUAGAUUUCAGAGCCAAACACCCCCUUCAUGUCACCAUGCUGCCCAACCCAUCUCACCUUGAGGCCAUCAACCCCGUGGCUCAGGGCAAAACCAGAGCCAGGCAGCAGCUCCGGAAAGAAGGGGACUACUCGCCCGAAGACGACGCCCAACCUGGGGACCAAGUCAUCUGUCUGCAGAUUCACGGCGACGGCUCGUUCACUGGUCAAGGCAUCGUUCCUGAAACUCUGACCCUUUCAAAUCUUCCUCACUACAGAGUGGGUGGGAGCAUCCACCUCAUCGUGAAUAACCAAGUGGGCUACACCACCCCGUCGGAAAGAGGACGAUCGUCUUUGUACUGCAGUGAUGUUGGUAAGAUGGUGAACUCUGCCGUGAUCCAUGUAAACGGAGAUGAUGCCGAGGAGGUGCUGCGAGCCGCUCGCCUGGCUGUCGACUACCAGCGGCACUUCAGGAAAGAUGUCAUCCUGGACCUGAUCUGUUACCGUCAGUGGGGCCACAAUGAGCUGGACGAGCCUUUUUUCACCAAUCCGGCAAUGUACAAGAUCAUCCGGUCUCGAAAGAGCAUCCCAGACGCCUACUCAGACCAGCUGAUUUCAGAGGGUCUGAUGACAGAAGUUGAGCGUGACGAGAUCAAAACCAAAUACUACAGCAUGCUCAACGACAAGCUGUCCAACAUGACCCUGUACAGCCCUCCACCCACCAACCUGCAGGGCCGCUGGGGGGAUCUUGUUGAACCCCAGGCUAGAGUCACCACCUGGGACACUGGUGUCCCCAUUCCUCUGCUGCAGUUUGUGGGAGUGAAAUCUGUGGAUAUCCCUGAGCAAAUCCAGCUGCACAGCCACCUCGGAAAAACCCACGUACAGGCCCGGCUGCAGAAACUGGAAGAGGGAACCAAACUAGACUGGUCGACAGCAGAGGCCCUCGCUUUCGGCUCUCUCCUCUGCCAAGGUUUUAAUAUCCGUAUCAGUGGACAGGAUGUUGGAAGAGGUACAUUCAGUCAGCGGCAUGCCAUGGUUGUGUGCCAGGACACUAACGACAUGUACAUCCCUCUGAAUCACAUCAGCCCCGAGCAGACAGGUUUCCUGGAGGUGUGUAACAGCCCGCUGUCUGAAGAGGCCGUGCUCGGAUUUGAAUACGGCAUGAGCAUCGCGCAGCCGAAGCUUCUGCCCAUCUGGGAGGCUCAGUUUGGAGAUUUCUUUAACGGAGCGCAGAUUGUCUUUGACACCUUCAUCUCGGGAGGUGAAGCCAAGUGGCUGCUGCAGUGUGGGAUGGUGAUCCUGCUGCCUCAUGGAUACGAUGGCGCUGGACCUGAACACUCCUCCUGCCGUAUGGAGCGCUUCUUCCAGAUGUGCGACAGUAAGGAGGAGGGUGUGGACGGCGAUACUGUGAACAUGUCAGUGGUCAACCCCACCACCUCCGCUCAGUACUUCCAUCUGCUUCGGAGGCAGAUGGUUCGAAACUUCCGCAAACCUCUCGUUGUUGUGGGACCCAAGACUCUGCUGAGAUUUUCCGGGGCCGUGUCCAGUCUGACUGAGAUGGCACCAGGAACGUCUUUUAGGCCAGUGCUGGGUGAUACUUCUGUGUCAGCAGAAAGUGUCCAGAAGGUGGUGCUGUGCUCUGGGAAGCACUACUAUGCUCUGCUGAAACAGAGGGAGACAUCAGCAGCCAACCAGAACACAGCGCUCAUCCGCGUGGAGGAGCUGUGUCCGUUCCCUCUGGAUGCCCUGCAGCAGGAGCUCAAAAAAUACCCCAAAGCCAAAGAGUUCAUUUGGAGCCAGGAGGAGCCUCAGAACAUGGGGCCCUGGUCUUUUGUAGCUCCCAGGUUUGAGAAGCAGCUGGCCUGCAAGCUCCGGUUAGUGAGCCGGCCCGCUCUGCCCGCCCCUGCUGUCGGCAUCGGGACCCUUCAUCAUCAGCAGCAAGAGGCCAUCCUCACUGCUACUUUCUCCUAAGACUUAAACAAGGCUGCAAACCAAAACAUAUCAAGUUUGCAGGCAUCGGUACAACACUACAUGCUGCAUCUGCUGCACUACAGAUACGCGGGACCCUUACGUGGCGUGGAUGGGCUGUUUUUAAACAAAUUGUUCAGUAAUGAAGAUCAAAUCAGAGAAAUGUGUGAAAGAGGAUAGUGUUAAUGAUUUUAUUUGUUCUCUUGUAGUUCUUAAGUGUUUGUUUUUAAUGAAAAGCCUACUUCUGUUCCCUCCUGUCAUUCAGCAUGCCUGUAUUUAAGGAUGGAGGCACGAAGCCUUACAGACGGCAUUUACAAGGUGACUGUGAUGGACGCCUGUCAGGGGGAAAUCUACAGAUUCCAUGUUUCAGGAAUCGGAACUGCUUAUUUGUCUCGUGCACACAGGCUGCAUGAGUUACUGUUUACAUCAUAAAGUAGUGGGAGUGUAUUUGUGCAUUAACCUUGAAACAUGUAAGAAUGUGAGUGCUAAACUAGCAUUACACUUGAAGAUUUGAAAGUCUGUCGUGAUCACCAGGAGGAAGUUACCAUUGAAACUGUUGAAUGUUUAUCAGACCAGUUUCAUUUCUUAUCUUACAAAUAUGAACUAAAGUUAAUUGUUUUAACCAUUUUACCAAACUGAAGCUUCAAAUCAGAAUAGUGGCAUUAAAGAGUAUAUUUUAAAAUAAAUCUGUUUUCAUGUAA